AUGCAACCGCGCUCGAAAGCGCCUCGGACCAUGGCUUCACGAAGUCUUCAAGCCGCUCGAGCACUUGUGCAGCCGCUACCGCUUGCGCAGCCGACGAUCUUUGGCGAAGACAGUCCAUCCGCGAAAGCUCUGAUCGAAGGCCACGUUGUCAGUGGCUGGCUAGAUAGUCUGGAGUCCAAUGCUUUGAUCUACCAGAAUGAGCAGGAGUGUCUCGAAGCAGGCACGCUCUAUGACGGGCCGGCAAGAGGAGACUUCCGCGAGUAUGUCGCAACACCAGAUAAUCCUGAUCUCAGGGCGUACAUCAGAAAGCUCGAGCGACAGGCGGAGAAGGCAGAACGAGAGGCGGAAACCGAGGCGCAGCGUGCUCAUGAAGAUGAGUUGUCAUUGACGCAAGCAGCUCGUUUUCCCAGCGACGAAGAGAGGCACGAUAACGACGCGACGGACCAGCAAUCGGAGGAGGAAGAGGAGAAGAAGGAGGACGAGGAGGAGGAGGAGGAGGACGAGGAGGACGAGGAGGAGGAGGAGGAGGAGACUAGGCAGCCCGCGCGCAACGCAGGGCAGGGCGCAACUCCUGCUGGAGGGAACGAGCCGCUCAAAGAUGCAAAACCCGAGAAGAAGGAGCUCAUAGAACUCACCUUCGAAAUGGACCAAGCGUUGCGCCGUCAUCUGCUCAAGGCUCGACCUCUCAUCAGGGCUGGCAUCGAAAAUGCCGAAUCGAACGACCGAUCCGGACCUUACGCACUACCUCCAAACAAGCCGGUCGAAGGCUUCCGAGAUGUCGAAUUCAGACUGACGGCCAUGCAACGAGAUGGCGUCGGUCGGUACAAGCGCAAUGUCGAGCUGUAUGGCGCAGCGCUCAUCGCGGACGAGAUGGGACUGGGAAAGACGGCCAUCACGGUGGUGCACAUCCAGUUGGAGGUCAACGCAGCUCGUCAGCGGGGUGACUUCCCUCUCUAUGCAGUGAUUGUGCCCAAGGGCCUUGUUUCGAACUGGCUGAAGGAGCUCAAUCGAUCCAAAACGCUCCGCUUCUGCGACUUCUCCACCAAGCGUCACAUGUCGGUCGCAGAUCUCCAUACUCAGUACGACGUGCUGGUCAUUCCUAGUGGCUUGCUUUCUGGUGCGUAUUCCAAUAUCCUCGAGCAGUACGUGUACCGUCACGCAGUACGAGAAGGUCACAAAGAACGUCUGGACAACCUCCUCAGCCGGCAGCCCGUUCCUCUGACCUUUGAAGACCGCGGACAUCUCGACUACGUGCUCUUUGGCUGCGAAUUUGCUGAAGUGAUCAUCGACGAGGCUCAAUCGAUCAAGAAUGGCAAGACGAUGCUGGCGCGUGCGAUGCGCUCGAUGAAAGCCAAGGCGCGCGUUGCAAUUACCGGAACUCCGUUGCAAAACGUAGUCAAGGAAUUUGGUGCCAUGCUUCUGUUCCUCAACAUCGAGCCCUUUGGAGAUCCGGCCACAUUCACAGCAGCGUUCACUCGCAAGAGGACGACGGGCAAUCUCAACCCCGACACCAAACAGACCGCCAUGCACAACGAUGCUAUACUCUGCGCAAUCCGUUCCGCCGUCACCAUUCGGAGAAACAAAGUCCAACUCUUUGAUGGCGAAUCCAUGAUGGAAAUUCCCGACUUCAAGAUCGAAGUGUGUCGUGUCAACCUCAGCCCGAAGAAUGUAUUGUUCCAGGCAAAGACUCGCGAUUUGUGGGAUGAAGAAUGGCUGGCAAAGCUGGAGCAGCAGGAACAAGAGCGGAUUGAAGAUGAGAGAGAGCCGGAAUCGGACGAGGAUAUUUUGCCACAGCGUGAUCACAGCGAGGUGCUGAUCGACAUAUUGGAUGCGAGGCGAAAUGUGAUCCACGAGGAGCUCGUAAAGGCUGACUACGAUGGACUCGAGGGUGUUGACAACGAAGAUGGCGAGCCAUCUGCUAAGCGUGCAAAGCUCAACAACAAGCAGAAGACCGCGCUUUCCAAGGACAUGGAGAAAUGGACCGAGCAUCGCAGAACCUUUCUGGCCCCGUUUCAAGCCGACCCAGACGCCUGGGAGUCGGACCGUACCGUGGCCGUCGUCGAACUGAUUGAGAAGCGGCUCGCACAUCACGCCGAGGAGGCUUCGAAACACCCCACUGUCGCAGCGAAGAACAGGCACCUUGCUACCCACAAGGUGCUCGUGUUUUGCGAGUUCCUCUCAGCUCUAGACCUCGUCGAGCUUGGCCUCAAGAGCAAGGGCAUCAAAUCGAUGCGGUACGAUGGAACGAUCCCACCAAAGCGUCGAGACGAAGUUCGCCGCCAGUUUGAGGAGGAGGGCAAGGACUUCGAGUGCGACGACAACGUUCGGCCGGACGAUAUCAAGGUUCUUCUCAUCACGACCAAGGCUGGGAACGAGGGCAUCAACCUUGUCCAUGCAUGUGACGUGGUUCUUGUCUCAUCGCAUUGGAACCCUGCCGUCGAGGACCAGGAAAUUGGACGGGCGUUUCGCAAAGGCCAGCUGGGCGUCGUGACUGUGUUUCGGUUUUACAGUCACGAUUCCAUUGAGAGGCGGAUGCAAAAAAAGCAACACACCAAGCGCAAGGACGUUGCACGGGUCCUUGACGACGCGUACGUCCUGAACUUUCAGAAAGAGAUCCAAUUCGCCGAUGAGGAGCAGUUCCUGGAGAUGGUUGGUUACAAGCGCUGCGUAGCGGCCGUGGAAAGGGGAGACUUGAAGGUCUGA